AUGACUAUCCAACAGACCACCAUGCAGCCGACUGAGCGCCAGCACAGCACAGGCUCUCUUGACAGCUUCGACCCGAUCAUGGUAACCCCUGUGAUUGGUAACGAGUUCGCCAAAGGAACUUGUAAUAUCGUUGACGAUAUCCUACAAGCCCCCAAUGCAGACCAACGUAUUCGCGACUUGGCCAUCAUGAUAGCAGUCGCCGAACGGGGCGUUGUUUUCUUCCGUGCCCAAGAUAAUCUUACGAACGAUUUACAAAAGGAGUUGAUCCUACGCAUGGGCGAGCUGACCGGUCGUCCAUCCACCCAUGGCCUGCACAUUCACCCGGUCACUAAUGAUGCACGCGAAUUUGGUGACCCGGACCCUCAAAUCAGCACCAUCAACUCCGAGGGCCGCAAGACUCUCUAUAAGGGAUCUGAUUACACCAAGAUGGCGGCAGUCUGGCACAGCGACAUCUCGUUCGAGAAAGCUCCCGCCGACUAUUCGAGUCUGCGACUCGUGCAACUGCCCAAAACGGGCGGCGACACGCUUUGGGCGUCUGGUUACGAGAUCUAUGAUCGCAUCAGUAAGCCAUACCGGGCGUUUUUGGAGACUUUGACAGCCACACAUGCGGGCGUCGGCUUUAUGAGGCUGGCCCAGACGGGGAAGUUCCAUUUGUAUGAGAAGGAGCGCGGGGCACCCGUGAAUAUUGGAGGAGACUUAUCGGCUGUUCAUCCGGUCAUCGACGGGUUGACUCGUAGAGAGAGUGCCAGCAUGCUACAGUGGUUUCAUGAUAUGAUCACUCACGGGCAUGACCUCCAGGUUCGUUUCAAAUGGAACAGCCCUAAUGAUAUUGCGAUCUGGGACAAUCGCAGCGUCUUUCAUACCGCGACGGGCGACCAUGAAGGGUUUGGCCCCCGAAGUGGUAACCGGGCUGUGGGGGUGGGCGAGGUUCCGUACUUUGAUCCGAGCAGCAAAUCGCGCAGAGAGGAACUGGGCAUUGUGGAUGAUCUCGCUCCCUGCCAUUGGUAGCCUUACGCUGUUCUUGAUGUCAAAGUUGUCUAUUCUAUUCAUUAAUUUCAAGUUCUUCAUUGGUCUGAAUAUAAGUU